AGGAAAAUGUACUGUGAAAACCACGUCAGAAUUCUUUUCACUGUGACGCUGGUCUGGCAGGCUGUUCAUCUAGGAAAAGGCCGUGGAAAAGAAGAACGCGAAGAUGAUGUGAAAAGUCUCAACGCCACAGCACCAAAGCAGCAGCCCAAGAAUGAAGGGACCUUUAUAAAUGGACUCAGUGACAUGAAUCAGAGUUAUGAAAGCAGGAAGCAACAGAGCUCCAGGUCUUUGGUGCCUUUCACUGGAAUUACAGAGAGCAAAAAGCUGAGCAGACACUGCUGCCAGAACGGAGGGACCUGCAUCUUAGGGACUUUCUGUGCCUGCCUGAAGCAUUUCACGGGCAGGUACUGCGAACACGAUGAGCGGCAAAGCAACUGCGGCAGCAUCGCCCACGGCGCCUGGGUGCUGAAGGGCUGCUGGCUGUGUCGGUGUGGCUAUGGCACUCUGAACUGUCUCUCUCAAAUAAUGCAAGACAACUGCGAACUGAAAUCAGAAAAGGAGGAAAUUACCAGACUGUAUUCUAAUGGGUUAAGAUUACAGCAAACAGUGUUUGCAGUCGCUUGCCUGCUCACCAUCCUUCUGGAGUUCUGCUGCUGGCAGUUGUGAAACUGGACAAGGGGAAAUAUAUUAGGGUUGAUGUAACCCUCACCACGGGUCACACAUUUUUCUUUUUCUAUGAGAGGACUCUUCUACCUACAAGCUGGAGACAUAUUAAGAUAUAUUAGUUAAUGCUGAAAUGCUCGGAUAUUAUAAAUUCAGAUUAUAUAAAUGUGAAGUAUUUAUUAUUAUAUUAUAUUAUUACUACUGUCAAUGUCUGAUUCUAACCAUUUUCUAUUUCCAAAAUACUGAUCUUCCAGUGGAAGCAAACACCUCCCUCAAUGUAUUGUAACUUAUAGUAAUUUCUUUUGUACACAGUACAAGUAUUUUAACAAAUA